AGGGCAGUGGCGGGGAACCGCAACUGCGCUCUUGGGCCAGGGACUCCAGAUUCUAGCAAAGGGCGGAGCUUCUCGGAAAGUGAGGGAAGGCGGGGCUGGCAGGAACCCUAGGGGAAGUAGGAAGCUCGGCUGGCGAGCGGACCGGACCUCACCGAAGCUCAGGCUGGCUCGCCAUGUCCGCAGGAGGCCCUCGAGUGGGAUCCGUGUCCCUGGACUUCUCCAAGUUCUCCCUACCCUUGGCCGCGCUCAACGUGGGAGUGCGGCGCCGUCUCUCGCUAUUCUUAAACGUCCGGAUGCCGGUGGCGGCCGACUGGACCUUGCUGGCGGAGGAGAUGGGCUUCGAGUACUUGGAGAUCCGACAACUGGAGACGCGCCCUGACCCCACGGGCAGUUUGUUGGAUGCCUGGCAGGGGCGCUCUGGCGCGACGGUCGGCAGGCUGUUAGAGAUGCUAGCCAUGCUGGACCGUGAGGAUAUACUGCGGGAGCUGUUGCCCCACAUCGAGAAUGACUGCAAGAAAUACAUAACGAAGCAGCAGAUGCAGGAGUCUGAGAAGCCCUUACAGGUGGCCAGAGUGGAAAGCAGUGUCCCACAAACAAAGGAGCUGGAGGGCAUCACCACUCUCGACGACCCGCUUGGACAAACACCAGAGCUUUUCGAUGCCUUCAUCUGCUACUGCCCCAGUGAUAUUGAGUUUGUGCAGGAGAUGAUCAGGCAGCUAGAACAGACAGACUAUCGGCUGAAGCUGUGUGUGUCCGACCGUGAUGUCCUGCCAGGCACCUGUGUCUGGUCCAUUGCCAGUGAACUCAUUGAGAAAAGGUGUCGCCGGAUGGUGGUCGUUGUUUCUGAUGAUUACUUACAGAGCAAGGAGUGUGAUUUCCAGACCAAGUUUGCUCUCAGCCUCUCUCCAGGUGUCCAACAGAAGCGGCUGAUUCCCAUCAAAUACAAGGCGAUGAAGAAGGACUUCCCCAGUAUCCUGCGGUUCAUCACUAUCUGUGACUAUACCAACCCUUGUACCAAGUCCUGGUUCUGGACCCGCCUUGCCAAGGCUUUGUCUCUGCCCUGAAGAUGGCCCCCGGAGCUCUAGGUCUGUCAGCCUGCCCUUGCCUCCUCUGACCCUGUAGGAGGGAAUUUAUGGUCCACUCAUCCCUAGAGGUUCUAGCUGAACUUCCACAGCAACCAAACCCCAUCUGGACACCCUCCCUCAAGUCCUGAAUGGAAUGAGUGACUGAAAGUGACUUUAUUGCUUGCUGGGUUGUCAGCCAGCGCAGUGAUGACCAGGGUCAGUUGAGUCUAUGUAGAGGACCAGCUAAGUUACGUCUGAGCCAUCUUUGGCCUCAGUUUCUCCACCCGAGGGACAGAGUAUGGAGAGCCAACAGGAACAUGGGAAGACACUGUUCUGGCUGAAGGAGAGCUGGUUAUUAUGGGACCACAGUCAUGCCAGGACGACUUCCUCCUGUCCGCCUCACUUUCCUGUCCCUCCGUUUACAGGGCAAUGCGAAGGUGAGCUGACUUUGACCCGGAUUCUCUGAAACUGUCCUAUCUGCAUCUUUAACCCCCUCAGACUCAGCCCCACAUUUGGUGGUCACUGGUCUGGGUAACUGGGAUUGCUUUUCCCUCCCAUGUAGCCAUCCCUGUGCACGUGUUCCAGUUUUGCCUUGCUUGAAGAGGAUCCUGUCCUCUGACAUGACUAUCACUUAUAGUGGCCCCAGCAGGGCCACCAGGAUGAUGUCAUCAGGGAAUAUUCCUCUCUGGCCCACCAACACAGAGACUUUCUACCAACUUUCUGCACCCCGAUUACCUACUUGGUUAACAAGCAGCAAACACACACGAAAAACGUCCUUUCCCCAGUGCUUGGAGUCUUGUUCAUGCAGAUAUAUGUAGCAUGUUUCCUUACAUACACAGGCAUCUGCCUACAUGUGUUUACUUUGGGACAGCUCCCAAGAGUGGCUGAGUGGAAGAGUUCUACCAUCAAGGAGGCCUGGCCAUUUCCCUGGACAAAAAUGGGGUGUCUUUACUACAGGUGGUAGCAACAUGCCUACAAUUCCAGCAUUUGUGAGGUAGGGGCAGGAGAAUCAGGAGUUCAAGACUUUCCUUGGCUACACACCAAGUUUAAAGGCCAGCCUGGACUACAUGGCAGCCUCUCUCUCUCUUUCUCUCUCUCUCUCUCUCUCUCUCUCUCUCUCUCUCUCACACACACACACACACACACACACACACACACUGCCAAAAAAAAGAAGAAGAAAAAGAUGGGACACUGUUAAUUUCUUCUCUUUUCUCUAAUCAUUGAAAGCAAAGUCUAGAAAGGCCCCAAAUGUGAGUCAAGCCUGUGUGCCUUCAGCAAAAUGAAGUUGAAAAAGGAGAAGCUGCCUCACACCACAGCUCGGCUGCUUCCUCCCUAGCAAGAUGGUUCCCACAUUCCUCUCAAGCUCUCGGCCAUGGAGGCAAUGUCCCUAGUCUCUGUGCUCAGGGCAUACCCCAGGGUCCCGAAACCAACAGAAAAUGGGUCUCAGUGUCUGGGGCUGGAACGGAGGCCCCUUUGCAUGACCUCACGAAGCACUUCUGUGCUUGAUAUUGGGCAUUUUAGAGCAAUUUGGGCAAAAUAUCUUCUAUACCUGUUAUAUAGGUUUUAUGAGAACUUCAGUGAGAUAGGUGGGAUCAAGGCUCAUGUUUGCCAUUUGUACUUCUGUAUUUGAAAUUUGUGAUAAAAUUUAUUCUAUUUUAGAAAGCA